GACAACCUUGUGUUGUGCAUGUUUAACAGGUACACAAAGAUGAAGACGGCCACCAACAUUUACAUUUUCAACCUCGCGCUCGCCGACGCCCUCGUCACCACCACCAUGCCCUUCCAGAGCACCGACUACCUGCUGAACACCUGGCCCUUCGGCGAGGUGGUCUGCAAGGUCUUCAUCUCGAUCGACUACUACAACAUGUUCACCAGUAUCUUCACUCUCACCAUGAUGAGCGUGGACCGCUACGUGGCCGUGUGCCACCCGGUAAAAGCCCUGGACUUCCGCACUCCGAUCAAGGCCAAGAUGAUCAACGUGUGCAUCUGGAUCCUGUCCUCGGCCGCAGGGAUUCCUGCUUUUAUUCUGGGUGGCACGCAAACAAACAGCGGCAUAACAGAGUGUGCUUUACAGUUCCCUGAGCCGUACGUGUACUGGGACACGCUGAUGAAGGUAUGUGUGUUUGUCUUUGCCUUCGUCGUACCUGUGCUCAUCAUCACCGUGUGCUACUCACUGAUGGUCCUGAGGCUGAAGAGCGUGCGCAUUUUGUCCGGCUCGCGGGAGAAGGACCGCAACCUGCGCCGGAUCACAAGACUGGUUGUGGUUGUGGUGGCCGUGUUCGUGGUGUGCUGGACGCCCAUCCACAUCUUCAUCCUGAUCAAGGCGCUCGCGAGCGUGCCCGAAACCACGGCCAUCAUGGCCGCCUACUUCUUCUGCGUGGCUCUGGGCUACACCAACAGCAGCCUCAACCCCGUGCUCUACGCCUUUCUGGACGAGAACUUCAAACGGUGUUUCAAAGACUUCUGCCUCUCGGCCAAACUGAAAGGAGAGAAGGCGUCAGGCAGCAAAAAGGCCCCCAGCACCAUGCGGGAGGCAGCUGUUCCAUUGGAGAACCCAGACGGGACAAGUAAACCCACAUGACUAGCAGUGGAACUGUCUUCAAUCUCCCAUAUCGGAAAGGAAGACUCAAAUGACCUAGGCUUAACUCACGUCACAUCGACAAUGUAGACUGUAACUUUGACUCUACUGCAGAGGUUGACAGGAUUUAUUGUUAUCUUUUGAAGUUCGAGCAGUUUCAUUUCAGAGAUCAGAUUACAAAAAGUACAAACCAUAAAUCUUAUUCUUUAUCGUAAAUCCACACCGAAUCAAAAACACCAGUGAGAAUAACGUCAUCCCCCUACUAUCUGCAGUGACUUCUGCCUACCUGCUUAACUGAUUUCCUCUUAGGGAGUUAAAAGAUUGUGUUUUUGUCAUUUAAACUUGUAAGGGGAGUGUUAUGUUUAAGCUGGAAAAGACACAAUGUGAUUAAAGCUAUUUUCUUUCCCAAGUCCAAGUAUAUGGAGUGUAGAACUACCACCAUGAGUUGAUAAUUAUUCAGUCAGUGGAUCUAGUCUCUCAAACAUUUUUCCCUUAUCUUUAUUAAGUCAGGCAGUCUCAUUGAGAGCAAAAUCUCUUUUUCAAGAGAACAAUUAUGAAGCUCAAGUAACCAACAGAGACAAUGCAGAGAAUCACAAAAGAGUUUAAGGAGUAAAACUUCAAAAAGGAUGUAACAAUAUAGUCCAUCACGUCACUGAAUCAGUAGAAGCUGGACUUUUGGAUAACGAUGACCUGGAUGAAUGAGAGUCCACACAGACUGUUUGUAGUACAUGGUACGUAAGGAGUUCAGUACCAAAAACCAGUUCUACUGAUAUUUUUACACACAUGAGCGAUAUUUGACAUUCCAUCCAGAACAUCCAUCCAUCUUCUACCGCUGUAUCCUCCACAUGAAGGUCACAA